GUUUCUGCCUAGUAUGGUUCUUCAUCAGAGGCAGGUGUCGUUAGUUGUCUCUGAUUGAGAAUCAUACUUAGGUAGCCUGGGUUUCACUGCUGGUUUGUGGGUGUUUGUUGCCACACGGUACCGUUUUGGUUUUUGUAGAUUUCACGUUAUAGUUUGAGUGUUCAUUUGUCUUUAUUAAAAACAUUAUGGACACUUACCACGCUGCAUCUUGGUCCGAUACUUACUCCUCUUCAGACGAAGAGGAGAUCUGCCUUUAAAUUUAAAUCGCUCUAUAGUAUGGAUCUUCUUCAGUAUGGGUUUAAUCUUAACCUACUACAAUAACCUAACCAUAACAUGGUGAGAACUAAAGCUAAAUAUGCUACGAAGCAUGUACAGAAGUUAAGAGACACCUGGAAAUCUCUAUUUGCAGAAGAUUAAGAUAAGCACCAGCUGUUUUCUUCCUUUACUCAUCUUUCAUAGACCUGUUUUACGGCGCAAGGGAGGAAGCCACUUGAUAACAAACAAUAACUUUCGAAAAACAUAUGUUGCAAUGGUCAGUCUGAGUAAAUGUUUCAUUCUGUGGCCGUCCUCUUCCCCCUAGGAGUCUGCCACCUACACUCACUCUGAACAUGCCGUGGCUGGCUGUAUAUAUAUAUAUCUGUCUGAUCUCUGCUACCAUCUAGUGUCUCCACUGCAUCUCAACACCAAUGAAUAAGGAAAACAACCACUGGUUCCUUGUUCUAGUCCCUAACACCUUGGUGUUUUCAGAUCUCUAGGAACUGGAUAGAUAUGAGUUCCAUUAAGUCCAUUACCAAUCACCAUAUUGCUUACACUUAUCCAUUCUCUUCAGAUCUGAAAGUGUUGUCCUGGGAGAAGAGGCUAAUAUGGGCUUGGGGUCAUUUUCAGACUGGACAAGGCAAUGUCACAUUGUGAAGGUUACAAGGACAUCUACAGUAUGUUGUGUAUGGGCCCUGUGUGACUGGGUCUUAUGGAUUUCAGGCCUUACUCCGAUGAGUGCUGGAUGCUAGCGAAUGGAGUGUAGGGUUUCUGCUUGUCUAUUGUUGCCAGUGUAAGCUGAUCUGUUACCUACUCCCUCAAUACAGGAAUGCGAGCCUGGUUCGCCUGUGUGUGUUAUCGUGUGCAUGUUUGCGUGCACGUGUGUUUGAUUGUGUACGUGGUAGGGCAGAGGCAGAGGGCCCAUCCCAUCGGCCCAAUAGAUGAGGAUAAUAAGCGCUCUCUACCCCUGAGAACCCCACUGUUCUCUGUGGCCUCUUUAAUAUGUAACACACUCCAUUGACAGGCCUAUGAGUGUGAGUUCACAGGGACGGGCAGCCUGAAAUAUUAAACGGCCUGAGGAGCCGCUGCAGGCUCAAUUUGUUUGCUCAUCAUUAGAGCAGCUUCUGUGGAAGAGAAGAGUUGAACAACAGGGGAGAUAAAAGGGAGGAAGACCUACCCUCCAGGGGAUUGUACUAGAGACAACAUCUGACCCUAUACUGUAGUGUCGAUUUAGUUUGUCAGUAAAGGAGUACAACACUGGACUGGUCCUGGGACGGAGUUUGCUUUGAAAACAGAAGUCAUGGCAGGUCUCCAGGGAACUACCAAGGACCUUUAGGAGGUUUGGAGGACAAACCAGAAGGUACGCCAUGUUUUAUGUUUUUUUUUCUCAGUUCUGUUAGGCAAUGUUUUAGUGAAGGACAGUCAACAGGUACUAGCGAACAGAUGUUCUCAUACCUCUCCUCGGGGACCCCAGACAUUUCACAACUUUGUUGUAGCCCAGAACUAAUUCACCUGAUUCACCUUGUCAAGAGCUUGAUGAUUAGUUCACAAUUUGAAUCAGGUUUGGUAGCUGUGGAAUUGUUCAAAUACAUUUAACAGCAAGGUUUGAGAACCCAUGGUAUAGAAGAUCUGAUACUGACAUUCGGUUUUAGUCAUUUAGCAGACACUCUUAUCCAGUAAAUAGAUAUUGGUCUCUGCUUACAAUCAACCUGUUGUCUUAUACCAUCACACAACUGACUGACCGGACAGAGAAUAUCCACAGCUGACAUCAAACAUGGGUCUCAAUCCUUUUUCUUGAGUGUAAAUUCCUUAUUAAUUCCAUUCCUCUAGUUUCCUCACCAUUUGUAUUAAUCAACUGUUCGUUUUCUCCAAUAAAUUAGUUUCAGGUGUGUUUGAUUAUUUGAACUAUUAAGCAUUGGGCUGCAAUGUAUUACACAUGACCGGUGCUAUAAAUAUUUUUUCAGUUGUAGUCACAUGGUCACCAUCAAUAUGUGCCAUUCAUAAUCUAGUUUCCUGUACAGGAUGGAGGAGGAAGCCCCAGUACCUGAUGCCCAAGACUUUCAUGCCCCAGAAGCCCCCGCAGAGGCCCCUGACUUAGAGGCCCCAGAAGAUCCCCCUGUAGAGAGUGGUGUGUCGGCCGGAGGAGUUCCACCAUCCAGAGAAAGCCGUAAACUGGACUGUAUCAUCUGCUUCUGUGCCUUCAACCUGGCUGAGAGGCUGCCACGCAAGCUCUACUGCGGCCACACCUUCUGCCAGGCCUGCCUGAGACGCCUUGACACUAUCCUCAAUGAGCAGAUGUGGAUCCCCUGUCCACAAUGCCGGCAGAACACUCCGCUACCUCGCGGGGGAGCUACAGCCCUGGACCUGGACCUAGCAGCCUUCCUGGGGGUCAAGGCUGACUUGGACAGCCAGAGGUCCAGCCCCCAGCAGGGAGGAAGAGAACUUGGCAACCAGCUGGAGCUAAAGCCCUCCUUUGGGAAGCAGCCCAUCAUAGAGCAGCCUCAGGCCACCUGGAACCAUGGAGGACUGGCUGAGCCUCGCUUCCACAGGAGCCCUUGCUGCAGGCGCUUCUUCUGCUGCUGGUGGUGCUGCUAGGAUGCCCAGUCAUGUAUGAAUGACAAGAGUUUUUAAAGCAUCUGGGCAACAGUUUUCCCAUUACAGUGCCAGCUGUAAUUGAUUAUAGGAAUGCCUGAGCUUCAAGGCUAAAACAAUGGAAAAUAUAGGUUAUAACUAGGGCCUGACUGCGUUAUCUGACCAAGGAAAAAUGUACUACUGAAAGAAAAAAAAACACUACUGGGGAUAAGUGUUCACGAGACUGACAAAGUUGUGUGGGGGACAACAUUUUUUCCCCACAUCGUGGGAGAAAGAACAUUUCAGCACUCACAAUGGGAUGCUGGAUAAAGACCUCAAUGACCUCACCUACAACCUAGACUCCUCUACUGCCUCCUUUCAACUAUGCAGUUGGACAUAUAGGCUAUUGGUACCUUGAUUGUUGAAAGUCCAUUAUUUUAUACACAUUUCGUUGAGUUAUAGUAUAAUUUAUCUAGCCGCUCUAGAAUCUCCCAUUAGUGUUCAGAUCAAUUGGUUGAGAUCUGGUGACUGAUAGUCAUCAAACCAUUCAGUGACCACUCGUGCCCUGUGGAUGGGGCAUUGUCAUCCUAUAGUAAGCCAUGGUAGCUCAAAUAUAUGCCUGUCCAACAUUUUUAUGCAUGACCCUUAAUUAAUUUACAAACCACACCUGUGUGGAAGCACCAGCCUUCAAUAUACUUCGUAUCCCUCAUUUACGUGUUUCCAUUAUUUUGUAUGUAACCAUUUUGUCAUGUGCAAGUGUAAAAGAAUGGAAAAAGAAAAUAUGGAGUUAUUGUUUUUAUUAAA